AUGGUCUUUGUCAUUCCAAAUCUACGAGGAAUGAUGAAAAAUCGCUUUGACGUCAAACGAUCUCGGACAACGAGUGCCACUAAUCCGCAUUGCAAGGGUUUUGUGACUCCUUACGAGUGUCACAUCCUGAAUUUGGAAAGUGACGUGCCAAAAUGGGAGGAAUUCAGUAAUUACGACGAAUUUGUGCACAAUUUCCGUUUGGCAGAGGUUGGCGACUACCUUUAUGGCAUCGCUGGGAAUGGUGUCCUAGCCACUUCAAUUUUUGAAUACACAAAAUCUACCGACCGAUGGUUAUUCAAAAACAACGUGCCCCAAGCCAUAGAAGGUCAUUGUAGCGUUGUGUAUAACGACGAGAUCUGGUUUAUGGGCGGAAAGACCAAUACCUUACCAUGGCCCAAAGAUACAACCGUUUACAAUCCCACAACUGACGUAUUUCGUGUCCCUGGAACAACGGGUCACCUCAAUAUAGCUCGACUCAACCCCGCUUGUGGUGUCGUUAAAGAUCCGAACACUAACAACGAUUGGAUCCUUGUCAUUGGAGGAAAAGACGAAACCUCAAAUUCUCCUUUGAGCUCCAUUGAAUACUUUGACAUUCAAGAGGACCUAGAGUGGAAAAUUCUCACCACUCACGUUCCCUCUUUUGAGACCAACGUGACUUUACCAUUAGGAGGAUCGUCCAGUGGUGGAUUUAUCAAGUUUGGACCUUCUCGAUUCAUGCUUAUUUCUGGUUCGACAACUGAUGCGGGCAUAUCACCAUCCAACUUGGCCAUCUGGAAUCGGGAUGUAGGACAAUUUCAUCCCAUUACAUCCACGAGGAUGUCAGUUGGGAGGGACCUAUCGGCCGUGGUUCAAAUUCCGCUCCAUACCCGGUGGACUUGUCUACCCAUGGGAAACGAUUGGGUCAAGAUGGUGGAGCAAAACACGGACCACUUUUUCCAGCCCCUGCAACUCACAGGUUAUGCUAACACGGAAGACACCAUCAUAUCUAACUUGGACACAUUUGAACUAUACAAGUCUUGCAAUGACUUUUACCACUUGCGAUUGGUGUGGCCCGAGUUGGGAUAUUUCAACGAAUGGCGUCAAAAGAGUAACUUUAUCAAUCCUGGUCCUGUUUUGGAUUACCAAGCCAUUGCUGUGAGGUACCCGAAUUUCUUUGGGGGCCUCAUUCACGUCAACGACAAUGCCAAGCCUGACGGACAUCCUGAUGAUACUUAUUUCAAAGGCGAUACCCGAACUUUUGCCCAAUAUGCCGUGGGACGUUAUUCCAAUGGACCGGACAAUCGAAUGCCUGGACCCGUGGGCAAUGAAGGAACUGGAGAUAUUCCCAUCUCCGUGGACAAGCUCAUUCUUUAUGUGAAAAAAGAUUGCUGAUUUGAUUGAAUGCAGUAUUGCGAGGAGAAGGCUUUGAUAAAUCCUCAAUGCAAUAUUCGUUUUUACACACUUUCUUGCAUAAUUUUUCAUUUUUUAUUCAUCAAGAAUUUCACCCCGUUAUGACGAAUGCAAUGGGCCAUAUUUCGCCCCAAAUACUCAUUU